CCUUGGUUACAUUUAAAAAGCCCCAACUCAGACGCACACUCCAGUUAGUUCAUUUCUUAGUGUACAUGUAACACCAGUGGAGAGAAUGAAGGAAAUACCACUGUAUGUCAUUAUCGUACUGCAUAUCUGGUCCUACAAAGUUAAAGCUCAAGAAUCUGGAAAAGGCUGUCAAAGACCCCAACUGGACAAUGGCUUUGUUGACCCGGAGCAGGAAAUGUACCAGGAUGGCAUGACCUUGACCUAUGCCUGUGAUAGAGGUCUGAAGACACCAAUGGAAGGGUGGUGGGGGAUAAUCAAAUGUGAGAAUGGUAGAUGGUCUGAUAGUCCUCUGUGUAAGGCCAGUCGUUCUUGUGAUGCGCCUCCUCAAGUGGACCAUGCAACCAUCGUUCAACAAUAUCAAAACAAGUUCAGAGAUGGAUCAAUAGUGGUUUAUAAAUGCAAAAAAUCCUACAUGAUGGAGGGGAAUGCAAAUAUAUUAUGCCUUUCAGGAGAAUGGACCUCAGCCCCCACAUGCAGUGAUGAGUCCUCACCCAAUGUCAGACCUACUGCCAGACCACAACCUAGUGGUCCAUUUUUACCUGUUGAUAGGUGUGGAGCGAAGCCAACAGUUGAUAAUGGGGAUUUUAUCACUGUCCCUGGAAGCAAUCAAAUGGCACUGACCUACAAUUGCAUUAACUAUUACAAACUUGUGGGCCCAGAGAAAGUGAUGUGUCGUAGUGAUCGAAAGUGGUCAGAGCUACCCACUUGUAAAGCUCCCUGUACCAUUGAAAAAAAGAAGUUUGACAAGCUGGAUCUUCCAAAAGAUAUGUUUGUGAAGGAAGGAGCGAGUCAGACAUUUCUCUGUAAAGAACAGGACUAUUACAGACGACGUCUUGUUGCUGAUGUUCGAUGUCAGAAUGGAGAAGUGACCAUUGACAGAUGUACAUUGGGCUGCAAACUGGAACCAAGACGUUUUCAUUGGCUGAGUCUUGCACAAGAUAUGUUUAUAAAGGAAGGAACUCACAGAAUGAUCUGUGGACAAACUGAUUCCUAUGGUCGUCCUCUUGUUGCAGAUGUUCAAUGUGAGAAUGGAUAUUCAACCUCUAGCAAUUGUUCCUAGCUAAACUAAUAUCUGGGCCGUUGAAUCAACGCAACACACCCAAAUCUGCAGCAAAUCCCCUGGAAGAGAGGACUUCCCACGUUGGCCACCAAUGAAGAUUGUUUGUGAUAUGUUUGAUAAAAUUGCUUUUACAUUUGGUUCAUGAUAUGGAAUGUGCCUUACAACACACGGUGUUAGUAGGGGAGCAGAGAGGAAUGGAGGACCACCAUCUUAGGAUAGGAGGCUGUCUGACAAGAUUUAGACAAUCCUUCUGAAUGAUUAAAAAGUUAUGAAAAAUACAUGUUGAAUAUGAUAAUGGGUAGGCGAACAAUUGAUGAAACAGUUGAUCAACGAUACACUUGAUAUUGGUCCUCCAUUCAUUUAAAGCAGCAAACGACUGAUAGUCAAUGAAAGUCAAAUCAAUUGAAUGUGCGGUAUACAAUGGAUGCAUGUAGAAAAUAUCAUGGCUUGGAUCUAUAUAAAAUACAUAUAAUUAUA